AUGGCUGUGGCCGGAGGCGACCAGGAGGUUUCACUGCAUGUCAUUGCCAGGGACGCGGCAGUGCUGGAGGAGCUCAAGCAGCAGUUCGAGUCGGCGGACGGCUAUAGCUGCAGCCUAUCCUGUCACGACCCCAGCAGCUGCCCCCACCUUGACGCUCCCGGCGGCUUUGACUGCGCCGGCUUCUCGGCCGCGCUCUCGACGCGCCAGAUGGGCCGGCUGCUGCUCAGCACGCGCAGCAUAGCGUCCACCCAGGAGUUCAUGCGGCGCCAUGCGGCGGUGCUGCCUGAGGGCAGCGUGAUCGUUGCCGACCAGCAGACCUCUGGCAAAGGCCGCGGCGGCAACCAGUGGACGUCGCCCGACGGCUGCCUCAUGUUCACCGCCGGGCGCCGCCUGAAGGUCCCCGGCAGCCAGGCGCCCUUUAUUAAUUACCUCACCUGCCUGGCGGUGGUGCGCGGCGUGGCUGACGCCGCAGCCCCUUGGCUCAAGGGCGCGGCGCCGGACGUGCGCAUCAAAUGGCCCAACGACAUCUACAGCGGCGGCCUGAAGAUCGGCGGCGCCCUCAUCCACACCACCUGGCAGACCGACCGGUUCAGCGUGCUGGCCGGCAUCGGGCUAAACGUCUCAAACCGCCAGCCGACCACCUGCCUGGAGGAGGUCCUGGCCCGCCAGGCCGCCUCUGCCGCGGAGCAGGGGACUGCAGCGCCGGAGGUGGUGCUGUCGCGGGGCGCCGUGCUGGCGCACGUUCUGAACCACCUCGAGCGCUGCUACGACGAGUUCGAGGCGCGCGGGUUUGCUGGCCUCGAGGCGUCCUACCUCGAAUCCUGGAUGCAUUCUGGCCAGCAGGUCGAGGUCGAGGCCGGCACGAGCGCCGCCGCGGCGCCUGGAGAGGCCAGCGCGGCGGACGCCGCGCAGCGCGUGCGCCUGACGAUCCGGGGGCUGAGCGAGCACGGGUUCCUGUUGGCUGUCGAUGCGGCGGGCGGGCGGUGGGAGCUGACGCCGGACGGCAACAGCCUCGACAUGCUGGCUGGGCUGAUACGGCGGAAGCUGCCGGGGUAG